GUUUGAAUUACUUGCGUGAAUUAUCGAUUUCUGAAAAUGGAAUACGAUUAUUUAAUUAAAUUCUUGGCUCUUGGGAAUUCCGGAGUUGGCAAGACGAGUUUCCUCUAUCAAUAUACCGAUGGCACGUUUGAUUCUCGCUUCAUGUCUACAGUUGGCAUUGAUUUUAAAGAAAAAAGGGUGAUGUACCAAACAGCAAAUGGUAGAACUCAACGUGUGCAUUUACAGCUGUGGGACACAGCUGGCCAAGAGAGGUUCAGAAGUUUAACAACUGCCUUUUACCGGGAUUCCAUGGGAUUUCUUUUAAUUUUCGAUCUGACCAAUGAGCUCUCAUUCCUUGAAGUAAGAAAUUGGCUGGAACAACUUAGGACUCACGCAUACUGCGAAGAUCCGGACAUAAUUCUCUGUGGAAAUAAAUCUGAUCUCGAAGACAAACGGGUUAUUGGCGAAGAAAAAGCCCGGGAAUUAGCAGAGAAGCAUGGCUUGGUCUACUUGGAAACGAGCGCAGCAACCGGACAGAACGUGGUACGUGCUGUAGAGAUACUUUUGGAUCGGGUGAUGCGCAGAAUGGAGACCACCGUGGACAAAUCGUUGCUGCCACACCAGAGGGUCUUACGGUGUCAUGAGCGCGACACAGCGCCUCCCAGUACUUCUUGUUAUUGCUGACAUUGUCCUUACACGUAGCUGAAUAAAUCGCUGUUUCCGAAGUUUCGAUGAAACUCGGUAGCUCGCGUUUUAUUCAGCUGACGGCAAUCGACUGACGAAUCUUGUACUUGAAUCUUCUAGAGUUAGAAAUGGUCAAAAGGAUACGCACGUAUGUAUAUGUAUAACGAAACGUUGGGUAUCCCUAAAUAAGUUUUCUCUCGUUUAAGGUCUUCAGAACCAGGCUACGAAUCAUGUUUAUGGAUAUUCAAUGUUUCAUCCUAUGCCUACGGAAAUUCCAGCUUUGUUUGCGAACGAAGCUGACGUAUUGUCUUGUAUACUUCACAUCCACGCAAGUAUUUGUACUGUGAAAAUGUUGUUUCACGUAUCCACGCACAUUACCGUCGUCUUCCAUUGUCGCUUCCCUGGAUGCUGGACUAUCCUCGACGCAUGUUGCCUUUCAUUGUACGCGAUAAUGCGAUUUACCUAUUACUAUCGGGCGCAAAACGUGUUCAAUAGACAUGUGCAUCAGUCUCUCUUCACUCGUCAAAGAUUAUGAUACAGUGGCUAUGAUUCGAGGCAGGGUUCGGUGAUUCUCGUCUAUACUUAAUGUAUUUUUGAUGCUGUUAUUGUGUCUAACCAAAGUUCAUAUACCUAGUCGUAAGUAACGUACUGAGAAAAACAAUCAAACUUUGUGCGAUUCUUUUGCCUUCCGCGCAACACCUGUUUGUACUUUCGAUACACUGAAUACUGGUGAUCCCUCUUGCAUUCUUGCCAAGUUUGAAAUGAAUUAUACAGAUAUAUGUAUAAAUAUAUUAAGUACGAAUUCGAUAUAGAUAUACAAUCAAGAAUGAUGCACGUGAUGUCUUCUAACUUUUAUACGUGUGUUAACGUUAAGGGAACUCUGAAAGACGACCAUAUAAAAGGUUGCAGGUGCUGAGAGGUAUUGAUCCGACCCGUACUUCUGAGAAUAAGACGUUUUAGAGAUUGCAACAUCUAUGAUAGCUUUUUAGGAUGAACGUAACUUACAAAUCAAUUGAAAGAACACUUGUAGUCGAUAUGUUUCUACCUGUGGAUAUUUACCACUUAGCACCUGAAAAUCUCGUGUUACACAGACUACAUAUACGUAUGUUAUUUCUUCUAACUUUUACACAGUCUCUGCGACUUAGAGUUUAUCCAGAUCGAAUAUAUUAAAAUAUAUAAUUGUUGUGUGUACACAGAAUGAAAUAGCGAUUUACUAGUCGUUUGCCAUUAGCGCAGAAGUUAAGGACCUAGCUGCCAUCAGAGUUGUGGUAAUGAACAUGGCUGUUUUCUCACUGGAAUCGUAAAUCAGGGUAGUCACUUUUUACAUUAAC